GAGCAGAGCCUGUCUGAGGAGCGAUUGCCCUGUCGGUCCCGGAGCAGCCCAGCCCGGCCCAGGUGAGGGGCGGGAGCGGCCGGGCGAUUUGGGGUUGCGCAUUGGCCAAGGGGGAACGGAUCGCUCCAAAGCUUGGGGUCCUGACACAGGUGGGCAGUGAAAGAUCGGACUUGGAACUGUCACUUGCCUGGGUUCCCUGGAGCUGCGGUCUAGUACGCGGACUGCCUGGUAAAAAUGAAAAAGGCAGGCAAUGAUCUCCCUCUGAGGCCCUUUCAAGCCCUCACAGGUCCUCUGUGGUGCACACAGCCCACCUCCCAGCCAUGCGCUCUCUCCUUCUGGGCACCUUAUGCCUCUUGGCCGUGGCCCUGGCAGCCGAGGUGAAGAAACCCCUAGAGGCGGCAGCCCCUGGUACUGCGGAGAAGCUAAGUUCCAAGGCGACCACACUGGCAGAGCGCAGCACAGGCCUGGCCUUCAGCCUAUAUCAGGCGAUGGCCAAAGACCAGGCGGUGGAGAACAUCCUCCUGUCACCCUUGGUGGUGGCCUCAUCCCUGGGUCUUGUGUCACUGGGUGGUAAAGCCACCACAGCGUCGCAGGCGAAGGCAGUGCUGAGCGCUGAGAAGCUGCGCGAUGAGGAGGUGCACACGGGGCUGGGUGAGCUGCUCCGCUCCCUCAGCAACUCCACUGCGCGCAACGUGACCUGGAAACUGGGCAGCCGCCUGUACGGGCCCAGCUCCGUGAGCUUCGCCGAUGACUUCGUGCGCAGCAGCAAGCAACACUACAACUGCGAACACUCCAAGAUCAACUUCCGAGACAAGCGCAGCGCCCUGCAGUCCAUCAACGAGUGGGCCUCGCAGACCACGGACGGCAAGCUGCCUGAGGUCACCAAGGAUGUGGAGCGCACGGAUGGGGCACUGCUUGUGAACGCCAUGUUCUUUAAGCCACACUGGGAUGAGAAGUUUCACCACAAGAUGGUGGACAACCGUGGCUUCAUGGUGACCCGCUCCUAUACUGUGGGUGUUACGAUGAUGCACCGGACAGGCCUGUACAACUACUAUGACGACGAGAAGGAGAAGCUGCAGAUGGUGGAGAUGCCCCUGGCUCACAAGCUCUCCAGCCUCAUCAUCCUCAUGCCCCACCACGUGGAGCCGCUCGAGCGCUUGGAGAAGCUGCUGACCAAGGAGCAGCUGAAGGCCUGGAUGGGAAAGAUGCAGAAGAAGGCUGUCGCCAUCUCCCUGCCCAAGGGCGUGGUGGAGGUGACCCAUGACCUGCAGAAACAUCUGGCAGGACUGGGCCUGACCGAGGCCAUCGACAAGAACAAGGCAGACCUAUCGCGCAUGUCUGGCAAGAAGGACCUGUACCUAGCCAGUGUGUUCCAUGCCACUGCCUUCGAGUGGGACACCGAGGGCAACCCCUUUGACCAAGACAUCUACGGGCGCGAGGAGCUGCGCAGCCCCAAGCUGUUCUAUGCCGACCACCCCUUCAUCUUCCUGGUGCGAGAUAAUCAGAGCGGCUCCUUGCUCUUCAUUGGCCGCCUGGUCCGGCCCAAGGGAGACAAGAUGCGAGAUGAGUUGUAGAGUCCAAGAGUGGGCGUGGCACGGCAGGAAGUAGCCAAAGGUUCCUGAGACACAUGGGUGCUAUUGUGGGGGGAGGGGGAGGCACCAACCCUGGAUAUUCCACGGGUGGGGGGGGUUGGCAGUGCAGAUCGGAAUUCCCAUAUGUCUGAGUGGGUAUUUUUAGACAGAAUCCACUCCUAAGUUAGGACAUGGAGCCCAGAUACUAUGAUACCAAAUUCAGGGGUGUCACAGCCAUUUUGUUCUGCCCUGCAAGUUUUAGAUCCAAUCUGCCUCAACAGUCAAUCAGUGUUCAUAUUUAUGGCCAGGCAUUCUAUCUGUUAGACAAUCGAGUUGGGGGUAGGGCAGCCUAGCUCUUUUUGUCACCUUGCCCCGAGCCCUCUUCAGUCUUCCUGUUCACCCCUCCUCCACUCCCUUUAACCGCAAAACUAGGUGCUGUGGCCCCAGACUACCCAUCCUUAAAAUGAUCCUUGCCCAGCGGUGGGAGCUGGGAGACAGUGCAUGGGAGGGGCUCCCUGGCAUGCCUGCCCUAGAAUUGUUAUGUUGGGCAUCACAGUCAUGAACUUUUGUUUUUCUCCCUUUUUUAGUUUUUUCAAAGAUGGGGGGAAGGGAAAUAUGAGCCUUUGUUGCUUUCAAAACGAGAACAGUUUGUACAAGUUUUUUUUUUUGAAUAAAACUUUUCCAAUGAAAUGUUAUAGGUGUGUGAAAGCAGAUUAAAGAAAGAGGUUCCCAUAUCAUUCUUUCUAA